AUGCAGGGUCGACUUCUGGGAGUGGUUACGGCACUGUCCCUCGCCGUUCCGAUAAUAUGCGACCCGGCUUCAUGCGUCUCAGCCUGCCAAUUGACCCUGAGCAAGAUCGUCUUCGAAGACACGGCGCCAGACCUGCCUUAUUAUGUAGGACAAUGCACCAGCUCUCUGCGCAUCAAGUCGACCUAUAUAUGUAGUCGAGAGUUCUGUCCGGCCCGAGAAAUCCAGCCUGGCCUCGACGCACUCAACCAAACAUGCAUCCGGUAUGGCGGAACAGCGCUGCCACCGUUCAGUUCAAUCAGCAAUAUCACCUCAGGUGAUGUCCGAUCACAAUUCCAAGUCAUCGAGCGAUCAGACUUUCUGACGCACUCGAAAGUGAAUCGUCCAGCCAUCCCUUCUCGAUCUCUAUUUGAGGAUGGCUUGCGGACAACGGAAGCUUACAACAUUUCCAUGGGCAGUAGUGUUCUUUAUGCGAUCGCCAUGUUUGUAUUCUGGACGCUGGUCGUCGCUGUCGGUCUUGGAUUCCGUCUCUUCCGUUUCCUGAACCAGAACCGGGACCCCAAGCACAACUCCCAGCAUCAGCACUCGACAGCAUUGAGCCCAUACAGCACUUUCUACCAGGACAUGAAGCGACGGAUCAAACAACACGUCCUGAUCCCCGCCGCGUUCUCUCGGCACUGCGCCGAACCCCUCGGCUGGUGGAUCGUGCCGCCUCGACUGCAAUCGCUCACGAUCUUGAGUUUCAUUCUGCUCAAUACCGUGUUGACGUUCGGCCACUACGACGUCUUCUCCGGCAACCUAUACUGGUCCAACCCACGUCUCCAAUAUGCACGAUACAUCGGCGACCGCACGGGGGUCAUGGGCACGGCGAACCUGACAUUGAUCUAUCUGUUCGCGACGCGAAACAACCUCCUUCUCUGGAUCACCGGCUGGAGCUUCGAGACGUUCAUGCAGUUCCACCGCUGGGUGGCGCGGGUGUCGACCGUGCAGGCCAUCAUCCACAGUCUCGCCUACACCAUCUACGUGCUGGUCGAGGGCGGCGUGCAGCAUUACUGGUCCGUCUGGCGUCAGCGGUACUGGUACUGGGGCGGCAUUGCCACGAUCUGUAUGGGCCUUUUGCUGGUCUUUUCCCUGUACCCUGUGCGCAGCCGACUGUACGAGCUGUUCCUGUUCCUGCACAUGACUCUGGCUGUCAUGGUGCUCGUGGGCAUGUGGUACCACGUGGCGAUCUUCGACGGCGCGUAUAAUGUCUUGCUCUGGCCGUGCUUUGUCGUCUGGAUUGCCGAUCGGGCCAUGAGGCUGGCGAGAGUGGUGCGCUGCAAUCUCCCCUACCGCGCCAGUCUGGCCACGUACAGUCCCGACACGGAUGUCGUCUGGAUCACCGUGCCCAGGGUUGUUGCCCCUUCGGCCGUGCCUCAUCCCGGUGCUUAUUAUUUCUUGUACCUGUUGCAUGGCACGACGUGGUACGAGAGCCAUCCAUUCACGUUGAGUGGAUGGGAACUUGGGGAUCAGGAGGAUGAACAACAGCUUCCAGAUACCACUGCCACCGCAACGAAAAAAGAGAACAAGAAUCGUCAGAUCCAAAUAAACUUGCAGUUUGUCAUUCGACCCUAUGACGGGCUUACUUCACGGUUGAGAGACUUGGUCAGACGCCAGACAGGGGAGUCCAAGACCGGUCGACGCCUGCGUGUGCUGAUUGAAGGGCCUUACGGACCUAACCACAAUCUUUGCCGAUAUGACACUAUCGCUUUCAUUGUCGGCGGCACAGGCAUCGCCAUUGCUCUCGCCUAUCUCUCGAACAUGCUCGAUUUGGCUCUGGCUCGACAAAACAAGGGCGAGGGGCAGGGGUACCGAGUACAGCAUCUCCACCUUGUGUGGGCGGUGAAGGAGCCUUCUUUCUUCCAAGAGACAUUCGACCGCGAGCUGAAGCCAAGGUUGACGGAGAUCGCACAGCUCUCUGGCCGUCAACUCGAUAUCUCGGUACAAAUCUACAAUACCAGGGCCGCUGCUCCGGCACAGACACUGGUGGAUGAGCCCGGCAAUGGCAUGGAUUCUUCAGAGAUGGAGCCCAUGGUCCCAAGUGGAAUGACGUCUGACUCCCGAUAUCAGCCCACAGAAUGGGAAUCCGAUGAGCAUUCCCCUCUUUCGGCAUCCGCUCGAACCGUGACGCCCGAUGGGAUCCGGGUGUCUAUGUUCAACCACCGUCCUCGCUUGGAGAAUGUGGUGUUGCGCUGUGCUUCGGCAGAGGACGGUGAGAAGAGAAUCUGUGCGAUUGUUGCAUGUUGUCCGGCUGGCAUGGCGGACGCUACUCGCUCAGCUGUGGUCAAGGCCAUCGCGAUGGGUCAAGGCUGUGCUGGCAUCGAUUUUUAUCCGGAAAGCUAUGCAUGGUAG